GUUUCUGGGACGGCAUCUCUGAUUGAUCAACAGCUUCUUCUCCGGAAAUGGCUUCGCAGCCCGCGACAGCUGUGAGCCACAUCUUCGCCAUUGGACAGCGUUACACUACACCAGCCCAGCAAGCUGACCGUCCGACCCCAGGUUUGACGCGAGCUACCCCACCUUGCUGGGACCUCCUCCACGCUGCGGGGUCUUGGGACUGCCAGCAUUGACCGCUACGUCCCCUUCUGCAUUGAGAAA